UUGAUUUUUCAAGCCACACUUGCCCUCCCACGGGAUUAAUUAGCAUAAUGAGUACAAGUCCCAUUCGUUCCUCGUGUACCAAGUACAGUGUGGUGUGUGAUUCUUUAUCACUGUUUCUAACAGUGAGUACAAAUCUAUAAGAUGUGAUUCAGGUCUUUAGGAUUAUAAACGGAUAUUCAGAAGGCCAUGUUGUGAUCGAGUGAUUCUACAAUAAAUCCAGUGUUGACUUUUUGCACACAUUCGGUCGUCGUCACGAAGAUCUUGAACGCUGAACUAAUUUGACAAAAUGUCCUGGAAUACGACAGAAUCAAACAAGGAUAAUUUAUGAAGUCUUGUAUAAUUGCUAAAAACAUCUUUAGCACUGGAUGUCAUAGGGAGUGCAAGCUAAUUCUUAUGGAGUUGUAUAGCCACGAGGAUUUGAAUAUUUGUGACUCAUCUAUGCGUGAGUUAUCAACAUGGUUGUGACCGAUUGAUGGCAAAAAACAUUUUGAAAGUUGCAGCUCUGAUUCUAAUCGGAUUGAAUGCUGUAUGGCCGAGUAGGGAAAGCUGUCUUCGUGGAUUUAACAUAGAAGGAAAACAUCAAAGACAGAUAUUUGAUCACCAUGACAAACCUACUCCCCUCACCAUCUCUGUGGGGACUCUUUUGUCGAGUCAGAUUGUUGGAGAGUUGACUCGUGUGUUGUUGAUGGACGCAUUGGGCUAUGAUAAUGUAGUACUUCUCACUAGCUCAUUGCCAGUCCAUCUGACGCUCGAAAACCUUAGAAAUGUGAAAUGCCGAAAUGAAAGUGGAGAGUGCAUUCCUACAGCCAUCAUCUACCCAGAGGUAUGGACUCCUUUUGGCUGGCAUUUGUCACAAAAUCCUUCUCCUUAUGAACCAUUUGUUGACUUUGGUUCUCUUGGCAACACUGGGAGGUAUGACUGGUAUGUAUCGGCUGCUUUUGUUCGGGAAAUGUGGAAAAUCCAUAACGUCCCCGCAGAUCACUGGCGUAGUUUACAAAUCCCAGCAGUGCAGCAAAACCUCGUUAGUGCAGAUGAGUUGAUUGCCAUCCAUGAGGCGUGCGGUGAAUGCGUGACACGUGUAUUUUACCCCAAGAGAUGUGACCCAGCUGCUGGUGGAGAACCCAAUCUAUGUGCCUUACUGGUAGCACAGGAUCAAGUUCAUUGCAGUUCAGAUAUCAAAAGCCAAAUAAUUUCCCUCGAUUUAAUGGUGGCCGUUGCCUGGAUACGCACCUCGCCUGAUGUUUUGCUAUUGACGUAUGAAUCACGUGAUAAGCCACUGCUGUUUGCAGCUUUUGAUUCAGAACGUCUGACUACAUCCGGGAGAUUCACAAGAAUAGACUUUCCCAACUGCAACACGCAGCAAAGGUCAUCGUCAAAUCCAACUUGGAAAUGCACUUGUUCAUCUCCGUUCGAGCUGCGAAAGUUCGUAUGGAAAGGCCUGGAGUCAAACUAUGAUGAUAUACUCAGCCUAAUGAGUCGUUUUCGCCUACAACGAAAACAUUUGGCGGAGAUGUUACAACAAGCUGCUUUAGAGAACAUCAGUACCGCCCCAUAUAAAACUGUCUGCAAUUGGCUAAUACAAAACAAUAACACUUGGUUUCCAUGGCUACCAGUAAAGGCGACCAAUAAGAGAGAGAUUUAUAUUGGAGGGAUGUUUCCAAGCUUAUCGGGGCCGGAAGCAGUUUGGUCGAGUCCCGGUGACGAGAUUGGUGCUUUGAUGGCCAUCGAGAGCGUUAAUAAAGAAACUGCUGUACUUAAAAAUUACGUUCUCAAGUUACCCAUCGUUUCCACCCAGUGUCGUCGCGAGAUGGUUCUCAAUGCAUACAUCUCAUACCUGAACCGUGACCCGUCACGCAAAGUGGUAGGGAUCCUGGGACCUGCGUGUAGCAAGGCGACUAUGCCGAUGGCUGCAGUGUCACACUUCCACAACGUGAUCGUAAUGGGUUAUGGAGCCGAUGACGUGUCACUCUCUGAUAGGACGAGAUAUCCAUAUUAUUUCAGAACAGCUCCAAGUAUCGAUGAAUUCAAAAUAGCUUAUCUAGCUCUUUUUGAAAAAUUCAAUUGGAAGCGUUGUGUUACUCUACGAGAGAUGAAGUAUCCGGCUGCCACAGUCGUGUCACGCACCGAAUUUUUGACCAGUAGUGGAAUCUAUGUCUUGUCACGUGAGAUUCCGUCAGAAAAAGAACUGGAUGCCAAAGCAUACGUAAAAAGCAUCAAGAACAGUGGACUUACUGUAAUCAUCUUGAAUGCUUACCCACCAGCCACGCGAGCCGUCAUGUGCGAGGCCUACAAACAGGGCCUUCGCCCUUCAAAAGGGUACGUUUGGUUCCUGCUUGGCUGGCUGGACCAUGAUUGGUGGGAUACAGACAAAUACAACAUUGAUUCGCAUGCGUCAGCUGACCACGUGCCUUGCAGCAGUGCGCAAAUGAGGAAACUGAUUGAUCAAGGGUAUUUCAGCCUUUCUGUGUCAUUUUACGGUGAAGAUGAUGAUGUUAUAGUUGGUGGAGGGACAGUCAAAAAAUGGAAGGAAGAGUAUUUAAGAAAAGCUAAGCAGAAGGGAGUCAAUCCUUCAGAAUAUGCUACUUUAGCAUACGAUGCCGUAUGGACGUACGCACUUGCUUUAGACAAACUACUUCACAACUCUUCCGAUGCACUCGAUAGUUUAUUCACGGAUGAGACAUCGCGACUUUUUCGAGAGUUUAUUCAACAUACCGACUUUCUUGGCGUUUCUGGGCGCGUUCAUUUCCGAAAAGGCGACAGACUAUCCACAAUUAUCGUCCAGCAAAACUUCGCUACAAAAUCAACGGUGAUUGGUCGUUUCGUACCUGUCAUUGGUUUAAACGAUACUCUUCAAGGAACUCUUAAGCUCGAUGAGCCAGAGAUAGUUUGGGCAAGUGGAAUGAUCCCCAAGGAUGGCUUAGCAGAAAGUAAGCAUGUGGUGUCAUGCGCAGUGGAGUCGUUGAGAAGUGCACUCGGCGUUAGCUGUGGGGUCGCUGGUCUGGUAGCAGCUGUUAUAGCUUUGGUAUUGAUUUCUACCGUACUUUGUUUCGUUUACUGGAUCCUGAAAGGAAGGUACUCAUCCAAAUAUCGAAGUAUCAAAACACGACUGAAUGAACUUGGUCUUCUGGAUGCCCAGUCUGCCUCCGCAGUAUUUGCCCUGGAUACCUGGGAACUACCACGUGACACAAUAGUCCUGAAUCGUAAAUUAGGGCAGGGAGCCUUUGGGGCUGUGUUUGGUGGCGAAGGGUUUGGGAUCGACAACCAAAGUCAAACUAUCUCUGUUGCAGUCAAGACUCUGAAAACUGGCGCCACGAUUGAAGAAAAG